AUGUCUGCUGAAAUUGAUGUUGAAAAUGCAAAUUUGGAGCAGCUAAGAGAUAUUUUAGUUAACAAGUCUGGUGACGUAGAAAUAGCGAAUAGAUUUAGAGCUUUGUUCAGCUUAAAAUCAAUUGGAUGUGAAUCAUCAGACGAGGAAGAAGCCAAAAGAGCAAUCGAUUAUAUAGCAGCAUCCUUCAGUGAUCACUCUGAAUUGCUCAAGCAUGAAGUAGCGUAUGUUUUAGGUCAAACAAAAAAUCUAUAUGCUGCUCCACAUUUGAGGGAGGUCUUGCAAUCAAAGAGCCAGCAAUGUAUGGUCAGACAUGAAGCGGCUGAGGCGCUUGGGGCAUUGGGAGAUACUGAAUCUUUGCCUCUAUUAAAUCAAUACUACCAAAGUGAUCCUGAAGUGGAGAUAAGACAGACGUGUGAAUUAGCUAUUGAAAGAAUAAAGUGGGAAAACUCAGAUCAAGCAAAAACAGAGAAAUUAGAGAAGUCUUUAUAUACAUCUAUUGAUCCAGCUCCACCAAUGUCGAGCGAUAAGGAGUCAAGUGUUGAAAAAUUGGCAAAAAUUUUAAAUGAUCAAAAUGAGCCAUUAUUUGAAAGAUACCGUGCAAUGUUUAGAUUAAGAGAUUUGGCAACAGAUGAAGCCUGUUUAGCUUUGGCGACUGGACUUGAUGACUCUUCUGCUCUCUUUAAGCAUGAAAUAGCUUAUGUUUUUGGACAAUUGUGUAAUCCUGUUACUGUUCCUGCUUUAAUAAAGGUAUUAAAAAAUGAAAACGAGGCCGGAAUGGUGAGACACGAGGCUGCCGAAGCAUUAGGAUCAAUUGCCACAGACGAGUGUCUACCAGUUUUAGAAUCAUUCUUGAAUGACAAAGAAGCUGUUGUCAGGGACUCGGCUAUUGUUGCAUUGGAUAUGUAUAAUUAUGAAAACUCCAACGUUUUAUAG